GUCUUUUAAGCCUCUGAAACUCCGAUGUAGGGGCUUACGAGGAGCACCUGAAUGCGACAGUUUCUCAGCCGGUGUUUUCAUAUUUUUACGCCCCUCCGCUGUUGUACGGUGGUUUCCAUGCUUCAAAGACGACAAACGUAGCGUACAGGGGUGACAUGACUCUGACCAGAGGAUCUUUCACCUAUGCCAGUGGGGAAGAGUACCAUGGCGAGUGGAAAGAAGGUCGGAGGCAUGGUGUUGGCCAGCUCAAGUUUCAGGAUGGAACCUGCUACACUGGCCAGUUUGAAAAUGGACUCUUCCAUGGCUCUGGUGUACUGCUCUUUACAGAUGGAUCCAGGUACGAAGGGGAAUUUGCACAUGGAAAGUUUCAAGGCACAGGAGUCUUCAGUCGAUACGAUGGCAUGAAAUUUGAAGGAGAAUUCAAAGAUGGACGUGUUGAAGGAUAUGGGCUAUUGACCUUCCCAGAUGGAGCUCAUGGUGUCCCACGGAACGAGGGCUUGUUUCAAAACCACAAGCUGCAGAAGAGAGAGAAGUGUCCAGGAGUGGUGCAGCAUGCGCAGGCUUCAGCCUCCAAUGCUCGCAGUCUGGCACUUUGACUGUCAAGGACCCUGGAGGAGACAAAGUCAGGGUUCCAGCAGCUUCCAGGAGGACCUCAGGGAUGUGUACUCGUAUACUCCCCUCCAGCUCUUCUCUCUGUGUCUUUCUCUCUUUUUUCACCAUCACUUUCUUUUUUCUGCAUCUUCCUUGCUUAGCCUUCACAGUGGCUUGGAAUGCACAUGCAAACAAUGGCUUUCUGUAUGACUGACUUGAAAUGCACAACAUCAUGAAGCACACCUUUAGCUUCACAAGUCAUGUAAACACCAAAUGCUGCUGUUUUUUCCCUUGUUCUUAUUCUUGUACUCAUAAAUAGUGUCUUAGUCUUUUCUCUAGAAUAGGUAGCUUUCAUACAUCAAACAACUGAAUAUGGGAGACCUCUUCUUACCAUGUUAUUUCACAUCUGGUACUUUAAAGAGGUUUUUUCUCCUGCAUUAGGAGGAGGUGUAAAGUAAGUCUGUAUGUCAAAGACUUUAGCCACUAAUAAUUUAAAUUCACCUUAAAAAAUGCUGCAAUCCAUUACAAGAGAGUGAUACUUAAAGGUACCCUGUUGAGUUUUUGAUCACUGGUAGCGCAAUAGAGCAAUGUUUUUACAAGUGGGUCCCUGUUUUGUUUUUAUCAUGAGGAUGCAUGCGUGCAAGUAUGUGGGUGACGUAGCACACAUUCUUGCAGAUGGUUUCACGCUAUUCUGCUGAUGGACAGUUGGUGGUGGUGGUCAAAGAAACAUAGCAACGCACCCACAAAGCCAGUGAAGAAGACUGCAAGCAAGCAAACAUGGAUCUAAACAUUGCACAAUGUAAAAUACUCAAGAAAUUGGCUUUACAAAUGUUUUAUGAAGAAGGAAAUGCAUUCAACACAUUUGCCAGGCCUCAAAGAUACACACAGUGAAUGUAAACAUAACUUUUGUUUGUUUACAAAAACACUCCACAGGGCACCUUUAAAAUCUCAUCUCAAUUAACAGUGCUGCUGCAAACUUUCUCUUUCAAGGAAUGCAUUUGGUGUUUCUCCUUUUAGAGGAUCAGUAUUCACAUUUGCCUUAAAGACAUUUUGGUACAAGAGUGUAGUUCAAGGGUGUCCAUCUGAAAAUUAGAUGAUGCACAGUGCCCUCUCCUUCCCUUCUCCUCUGCAUCAUUUGCCCUAAGGUGUCUGUCAUCCUAAUGAAUUUGAAGUCUGUUUGAAGAUUGCCUUCACUCCGAGAGACACGUUGCUAAGCUGGUGCUGAGUUUCUGCUCCCAUCACCCACAAGUCCAGCAGCUCUCCUCUCUCCAAUAAACCUCCCUCUCCCAGAGGAAAUCAUUGGAGAGGAGAUUUAACUCAGCUGGAUAAUUCUCUCACGUUUUCCCCUGUAUAACCUGAAAGACUUGGAUGACUGGACAUCCUCAAAGUUGAUAAAUAAUCAUAAUUAAAUGCAUUGAAUUAGGGACAUUGAUCUUAAUUGAGGCAGCUGAAUGACAGAAUUUAUAAAUCAGAUAUAUAUUUAAGAGUAUGUAAUUCUAAUGUAUGUUUUUUCUGUGAGGUGUAUAGAUAUUCAUUGUCAUUGAUUGUGUUUGUUCUGACCUUUCAAAUGAAUUAAGAGAAAAUGGUGUUAUUGACUUAUUUAAGACAGUGUGGUUGAGUAUUUUGAGGUAUUACGAAUUUAUUAACCAUUAUAGACAGUCACAGCUAUUCUGUGAUUACAGAUUAAUUCAGUGUACUUGAACAGUUAAUAGGCCUUACAAAGCAUUUGUAGAUGUGGCUUAUCUAGGGUUGCCCACAAAGAAACUUCAACCAAAGACAAUCAAGUGAUAUUAUAGGUAAGGAAGAACAGUCAACAGGAGUUACAUGUGCUAUUUCUUACAGCUGAACAUUAAAGACAAAUCAAUAAGGAUAAAUCCACUUGGGGCUUUCAUGCGCAAGAGAAACAAAAGGACUGAAGAUUAAACAGAGAAUUGAUAUGAGAUUCUGUUGUAAAUAUCCCUGAUCCUAGUCUGGAUUAUUGCAGAGAAUGAUUUUCAUUGUUGUUAUAUUCUGUGAGGGGAUGGGAUGCUCAAUAUCGUAAGCCCAUACUGUUGUUUGCUUUGAAUACCCCCUUGGGUACAGCAGUGUGCUGCAAAGGACAAUCAGAAAGAUUGAAAAUAACAUUAGAUACAGAAAAAUCAGUGCAUGCGUCAGUACCACUAUCUACAAGCACACAAUGAUACUUUCAAUGUUUGCUGUAUGUGCAGAGCGUGUAAUAUCCGGUAUUUCAAGUAACAGUAUUUAUGGCUUUCCGUUAUGUUUGAUACAACGCCUACUCAAGCCUUCUUUGCCUACACACCCCUGCCUGAGUGGAAUUGAACUCACUAGAAUCCCACAUCCAUUUCCAACUGGAAACAAAUGGUGCUUUAAAAGCGUGCCUGUCCAGACUAUCACCUGCCUGGAAAAUACCAUUGCCAUGGUUACCUUUUUUCAGUAACAAUAUAAUGUUGCUUUGAGUGCUCUUACAGAAAACUAAUGCACAGUAUCCUUUCAUUCACCUGGAGUAGGUCUGAGUAUGUAUCACAUAGGUGGUAAACAGUAGAUGUGUGUAAUAAAGCCUUGCAUUGAAAAAGAAA